GCGCAUCUCUUGACCGAAACGCACCGGCCAGCCAUGAGCUCCGAGCAUUUGGUGUACGACGUGGAGAAAGGGAGCAACGUGGUCGUGGUGCGCGAAAAGCCGCAGGAAGAAAACCGCUGGAAAUGCCUCAGCAUCUGUUCCCUCCUGCUGCUGCUGGGCGCCACCUUCGUCUUUGCGCUUUUGCAAUUUGGCGCUUUCAAGCAGUCCGAAUCCCAGGACUCUAAGGAAAACGGAAGCCCAUUUUCUGAAGGAGGGUUGCCACAGACAAUGAAAGUGCAAGCCUUGAUGUCCAGGAAACCAGCUGCCCAUGCCCUAGCUUCCCGAGCACACGGCCAGCAAUUGUUCUGGACCACAGACGUGGCGCCCUCCAUACUUGAGAACGGCAUGAAGCUGGACAAAAGCGACAACUCCCUUGUGGUGCCUUCGACCGGACUCUAUUUCGUCUACUCCCAGGUCAUGUUCCAUAGCGACACCUGCCCGGAAUCCCCUUUGCUGCUCAGCCACACCAUCUCGUGGUUUUCCUCGCAGUUCAACAAGAACGUGGAAUUGCUGAAGUCCAUCAAGUCCGCUUGCGAGCGCGGAAGAAGCGCCCAGGGCCACAAGAGUUUGUGGUUCGAAUCCAUUUACCAGGGGGCUGUCUUCAGGUUGAACAAAGGGGACCGCCUGUGGUCCAAAACCGAAUCACCUCAGUAUCUGGACUUCGCCCAACAGGGACAGAUAUACUUUGGGAUCGUUGCCAUGGAGUAAAGAAAAAAAGAAAUAAAGACUCUCCUUCUGUGCCAUAGUUACAACUCACUUGCUCCUCCUACUCCGGCCUCCGCCAUUCAAAAUACAAAUUUGAGGAUGAGAAACAAGAGACUGAACCCUGAAUUGGCACCCCAGUGAAGGAGGUUACUUCUGCUAUGGAAAGA